AUGGCCUGGGGCUGGGGUGACUCUGACAACGCGCACCAGCAGGUGUACGGCGAGAAGAAGCACGAGAGCCACUUCUCUCAUGAGCUGAUCGCCGGCGCCGCCUCAUUCGAGGGCAUGAAGGCCUGGGAGGACCACCAGCGCAAGCAGGGCAAGACUGUCAGCCACUCCUUCGCCAAGGAGGCCAUCGCCGGCCUCGUCGGCGCUGAGGUCGACAAGCUGGCCGAGACCAAGGGUCUGGACGAGGCCGACCGCCUCCGUGCUCACGAGCACGCCAAGAAGAACUCCCACCAGAUGUACGACGAGCACUACGUCCAGGGCCACGGUGCCGACCAAUACGAGCCUGAGCGCUACGGCCGCCACGACCGCUUCGAUGCUCCCGGCCGCUGGUAA